ACAGCAAACGGAUUGGCAUAUUAACAAGAACGGCUGCAUAAUGAAUAUACAUAUAUAUGCAGUUCUUAGCGUCUCGUUCAAUCAGUCUCACAGUAGCAAUUUGUCUUGAAAGUAACCUUCUGAGAUUCUGAAGCGGAAGCAAGACGCUUACGGCGGGAAAAAGAAGAAGAAGAAGAAGAAGGAGCUACAAAAGCAUCUCUCUCUCUCUCUCUCGGCAUUCGUGUGUAAGGUAACACAGAGAAUACAAAAGAAAAGUUGCCGAACAGGAAAUGGGAAAAAAUGUCUCUUUGUUCUUUCCCGGGGGGUGUUGAGUGAGAAAAGAGAGCUUCUUUGUCGAAAAUUUCAACACCCAUUGUCGAGAUCUGUCGAGCCUCUCCAACUCUCUCAUGGACAUGCUGACGCACCUGCCAGCAGAUACAGAAGAGUUUUAUGGGAUAAAACGCAGCAAUUGUUGCUUGGUUGACCAUUUGAUGUGAACCAACACAUCAACUCAUGAUUGGUCGACCAAUUAUAUGAACUAUGACGAGUGGCGUUGAAGGAGAUAUGGAGAGUGGUGAAGGUGUCAGCAAUGUGAGGAACAACAUGUUCAAGGACUGGUGCGGCCAAUUUCGUAGCUCAAACCCUUCGAUGGCCCGAUAUGUUUAUGGCCUUUUGUUUCUGGUUGCAAAUUUGCUGGCUUGGGCUGCUCGCGAUUAUGGACAUGGCCCCUUGACAGAGUUAGAACGGUUCAAAGGCUGUCAUGGAACGAAAGAUUGUUUUGGUACAGAAGGGGUUCUGCGCGUGAGCUUGGGGUGCUUUACAUUUUUCAUCAUUAUGUUCCUCUCAACCAUGGGCACUAAGAAGCUGCAUGUGGCUAGAGAUCUGUGGCACUCUGGAUGGUGGUCUAUCAAGAUAAUUCUCUUGAUUGCCUUGACAGCUAUCCCCUUUCUCGUCCCUGCACCUUUCAUCCUGCUUUAUGGGGAGAUUGCACAUUUUGGUGCCGGGGUCUUUCUCCUUAUUCAGCUUAUAAGUGUGAUCAGUUUCAUUAAGUGGCUGAACGAUUGCUGUGAGUCCGACAAAUACUCAGAAAAAUGUCACAUUCAUGUAAUGCUACUCGCAACGACUGCUUAUCUUGUAUGCAUUGUGGGGAUCAUUUUAAUGUACAUUUGGUAUGUACCAGAGCCAUCGUGCCUCCUCAACAUAUUUUUCAUCACUUGGACUCUAGUGCUCCUGCAACUGAUGACCAGCGUCUCUCUUCACCCAAAAGUGAAUGCUGGUUUCUUGACUCCGGGGCUCAUGGGACUCUAUGUUGUAUUCAUUUGCUGGUGUGCAAUCCGAAGUGAACCAGCAGGGGGCCGUUGCAACAGGAAAGCUGAAGCUUCCAACCAUACAGACUGGCUUACGAUCAUCAGCUUUGUCAUUGCCCUACUUGCAAUGGUGAUUGCAACCUUUUCAACAGGCAUUGAUUCUCAAUGCUUUCAGUUUAAAAAGAACGACUCAAAGAGCGAAGAUGAUGUUCCAUAUGGCUACGGCUUCUUCCAUUUUGUUUUUGCCACGGGAGCCAUGUACUUUGCUAUGCUAUUGAUUGGUUGGAAUACUCAUCAUCCCAUGAAAAAGUGGACGAUUGAUGUGGGAUGGACAAGCACUUGGGUCAGAAUUGUGAAUGAAUGGCUAGCAGUUUGUGUUUACCUGUGGAUGCUUGUGGCUCCGAUGCUAUGGAAAUGGAGAGAAUUUGGUGGAAUUCCAUGAUAAGUUUGGAAUGUCUCUGGAUUCUUUGGCCACUGUCGGUCCCAUUCAGUUGCCGCCCACGCUACAUGGGUUUCAAGUUGCAACUAGCACAGCGGGCUGUCCUUGGAGGCUCGACUCAACCAAGAAACCAACCCGCGACCAUGGACUGGAACUCGACCAUUUGCGGGUAAAGUCUAUCCGCAGAGGGAAAAAGGGACAAGUAGAAAAUAGAGAAUUGUGUAUUAGUGGUUGGCAAGGCAAUGCAUUUUGCCCCUGUAGAUGUGCUCGCAUACGAGUUCGUAUGUCUGUACCAUACGAGAGAUCGACUUGCCAAAGGGUUGUGGGGUGUAAUAGCUUUUAGCUGAUUUCAGUACAGAGAGCAUUUGUUUAGCUGUGUAUGGAGUUCUUUUACUAUUGUCCCAGUGGAAAGUCACGGGCAUUUGUGAAA